UUCUUCAUUUUUUACAAUUCAAUCCUUCUCCUUUCUCUUUCUUCUCUCUUUUCAGGUCUCUGUCUAAAUUUCUCAAUUUCGCCCUCUUUUCUUCGCCUCUCGAUUCUUCGAUUCAGUGGCAGGUUAACUGCUGCACAAAAUGGAGUCUUCCAAAGAAACAGGCUGCCAAGCUCCCGAAGGUCCCAUCCUUUGCAUCAACAACUGCGGGUUCUUUGGUAGUGCAGCCACCAUGAAUAUGUGUUCCAAGUGUCACAAGGACAUGAUACUGAAGCAGGAACAAGCUAAAUUUGCAGCAACAUCAAUUGAAAACAUUGUAAAUGGAAACUCAAGCAGCAAUGGCAAAGAGCCUAUUACCACUGGUGCAAUCAAUGUUCAACCGGGAUCAGCAGACUUAAAGGUUAUCUCUACAGAAGCAUCGUCUGAUUUAUCCUCAGGUCCAAGUUCAGAGGUGAAGCCAAAAGAGGGCCCUACUAGGUGCACUACUUGCCGCAAGCGUGUUGGCUUGACAGGAUUCAAUUGCAAGUGUGGAAACCUUUUCUGUGCAGCUCACCGUUAUUCUGACAAGCACGAGUGCCCAUUUGACUAUAAGAAUGCUGGUCGGGAUGCUAUUGCUAAAGCAAAUCCUGUUGUUGUAGCAGAAAAGCUAAACAAGAUCUAGGAAGCAUCUAUUGAAUGUUUUAUAUGAACUGAAGUAUGAUGUUCUUGCUUUAAAAUCUGUUGGGUCUUCCUGUAAGUUGGCCUUUUGUCGUAUAAGGUGUCCCUUAGAUUUCAAUGGUAUAAGUGAUGAAACUGGGGCACAUUCAUUCUAUCUCCAGUUUGUAAGUUGUUAUUUAUACUGGCUUGGUGGAUAUCAUCUUUGGACUCGUCGUCCUUGUUCUUUCUCAAUCUCUCUUUU